GCAGGAUUUGUAAAUCUGCUGGCGGGAGGCAGACGACUCGUGUUUACAGUCACUCGUUUAAUUUUACAUAAGUAUGUCUCGACUACUUAACUGUAUUGUUGCAGUUUGUCCCGACAUGGGAAUAGGGAAAAAUGGAAAUCUACCAUGGCACCCAAUAAGACUGAGUAAUGAAUUCAAGCACUUUCAGAGGAUGACCAUGACCCCUUCAAUGGAAGGGAAAAAGAAUGCAGUCAUAAUGGGCAGAAAGACGUGGUUCUCUAUUCCAGCAUCAAACAGACCCCUAAAGAACAGAAUCAACAUAGUGCUCAGCAGAGAACUAAAAACAGCCCCAGAGGGAGCUCACUAUCUUGCUUCAGACUUUACUUCGGCCCUCAGUCUAUUGGACAGCCCUGAGCUCGAAAAACAAGUGGACCAGGUUUGGAUAAUUGGAGGCAGUGCUUUGUACAAGGAGGUGAUGGAGAGCCCGGGUUCCAAGCGUCUUUUUGUAACACGGGUCCUCAAGCAGUUUGAUUGUGACACGUUUUUGCCAGAUAUCAACAUGGACAAGUACAAGCUUUUGCCUGAAUUCCCGGCUGUUCCCACAGGCUUGCAAGAGGAAAAUGGCGUUCAGUACAAGUUUGAAGUGUAUGACAGUGUUGACAACUGAAAAGAAAACUUUUAAAUGAUGUUAAGGUUGGAGAAAGGUGAUCUACUGUAGCAGGUAGUUUUUGCUCUGACACUUUGCUUGUUGAUGCUUUAAAGGAAAACACCACCGUUUUUCAAUAUUUUAUUGUGUUCUUACCUCAGCUUAGAUGAAUUAAUACAUACCCAUCUUUUUU